AUGGCGUCUUGGGCCACACACGCAUGCACCAAGAGUGUGAAGCAGGCGUCCCAGGUGGGCAUCAUCAUCAAGAAGUACAACAAGCGCCUGGGUAAUGAUUUCCACACCAACAAGAGUGUGAUCAAGGAGAUCGCCGUUAGCGCCAGCAAGAUAGCUGGCUCUGUCACUCAUCUGAUGAAGUGGAUUCAGAUAGGUCCUGUGAGGGGUGUCUCUAUCAAGUUGCAGGAAGGAGGGAGAGAAAGGAGAGAUAGUUAUGUUUCUGAGGUCUCCGCCCUAGAUCAGGAGGUCAUUGAGGUAGACACCAAGGAAACACUAAAGCUUCUGGACUUUGGCAGCCUCUUCAACCUACAGGUCAUUCAGGCUACAGUUGGGAUGAAUUUUUAA